GCGCAGCCGCAGGAGGACGGUACCACGGCGCCUGCGACAUGGGGGGGCGCGGAGGGGACGCCGGAAGUAGCGGUGGUACGGGUCGGCCUGCGGGGUACUCACCGCCCGCAGCCUCCACCCGCGCGGCGGCCAGAGCCCAGGCCCGUGGGGGUGGGCGUGGCGGUCGCCGGAACACAACUCCGUCGGUUCGCUGUCGGCGCGGAGUGGCGCCGCGUCGCUCGCCUUCACCAGCUGCCAUGAGCGAGCGCCUCCGCCCCAGGAAAAGGAGAAGAAAUGGCAAUGAUGAAGACAGCCACCUCCCGCCCCAGACCAAAAGGAGCAGUAGGAACCCCAUCUUCCAGGACUCCUGGGACACAGAGUCUUCGAGCAGCGACAGUGGUGGGAGCAGCAGCAGCAGCAGCAGCAGCAUCAACAGCCCGGACAGGGGCAGUGGGCCAGAGAGCAGCUUGAGCCAGAUCAUCCCCGGAUCCUGCCCUAGCACCCCCCAGCCGGUGCCCGAGCAGUCUGCACUGUGCCAAGGCCCUUACUUCCUUAUCAAUCAGACCCUGAAGGAGGCCCAUUUUCACAGCCUACAGCACCGAGGCCGGCCUCCAACAUGAUGCUCCGGCAGUUUCUUGCCUUCUGUGAAGGGACAGCACUGUGCAGAUUGGAUAUUUCAACUUAAUGAUUUGUUUUUAAAGUUGCACACAAAGGAAAAAAUGCCUGUUGGCUUUCAGUCUCUAUUUGAGUAUUGGGUCAGCAGGCAGCUGUUUACUUGGGGUUUUACUGCACUAUUGUGAUUUCAGAGGGGCUUGGGAGCAAUUUUUAUAGAAUUCUUUUGAGAGAGGGCAUCGAGUCCAUGUCAUGGCAGUGUCUGAGGAAGUCUCCCUCUGAAAACUACAUCUGUCAACUAGACACUGUAAGAGCCUCUUUAAAAUGUGGGAUCUUCAAUUUUUUUUUAACUCAAUAAAUUAGUAAAGAAUAUCUAGUUUCCAUGGGAAAAAAAUUUAAGUUUUCUCCCCAAAUAGGAAGCUUGACUCAGUCUUGCACUGAAGUUAACAGCCAUACUACCUCUUAGUAUGUAGAUGUCCAUGAAAGUGCUCCCUGAACAGAACCGGCCGUCCAUUCUUGAAGACCAUGGGGCCACGCGCCUUCCCUAGCUGUGGUCUGUUACACAUUUGUAUUUCCAGGGAGAAUACCAAUUCCGUAUCUGUUUCCUUUAGUCUGCACCUCAGAUGCUACAGAGAACACGCAGUUCUCUAAGUCAAGGAAUUCCUAGUAACUGACAAACUUGUGUGUUAACAGCUUAACUGCUAACCUCUGCAGUGUCCAGAACCAAGGCAGUGGUCAGUGCUGAUGAAGCCCAAGCUGCCCAUAGCUGAAGAGGAGGACUUAACUCAUGCUUGUCAGCACCCCUGCCAGGGGCCACACUCCAUCAUCAGAACCAGACACAUUGGGUGGGGUGGUGUAGAAAUACAAGCAGAGGCACAUCUAAUAAAAAUAAUGCAGUAGUAUUUAAUUAGAGAGCCUGGGCAUUGUUUCCAUGCUACUUUGUCAUACUGGACAGCCAGGCAAGCUUGAAUAAGGAAGGUGCAGGUGAGUCGUCUUCCUCGUUGGCGAGCUGUCUGAACAAGGAGCCAGGAUGCGUUGGGUCACCUACUCUGGAAAGUGCCGGGGGGCCAACCUGCCAUUAGAUGAGAGGAAGUGCCUUAAGUGUUCACCCUCAGCUCCUGCCUGCUCCCCCUCCGUGCACCCCACUCAGAGGCCACACAACACAGGCAGUAGCACUGAGGAGCAGGGAAGGUUCUAGUAAGAAAGGUCUGAGGGACUUGCUGGACCAGAGCGGGUUACACUAUGUGAUACUAGUACAGUCUGAAGGAGGCCCAGGCCAGGAAGAAUGAACAUGCGUAACUUCCAUGGCCCGGUCCUCUGAGAGCCACAGCAUGGAAAGGCCAGCUGUGUGACAUGGGAACCAGUGUCAUGAGGCCCGAAGUUCAGAAAGAAAUUUUUCUCUUAGAAUCACUUUCCAGAUUUUAAAACCAGCUGUUUGCCAAGGACUUAGGUCUUACUGGGUUUGCUGGCAGGGAACGUGGGAAAAGGAUACUCUACUGGAAUUCUGUCUAAUAGGCAAACAGUGCUAUAAGAGAAGCCGUCAAGCACACAUGUACACAACACAAUCCAGAAAUACCCAGGAGGGCUCCGGCAGGCUUAAUGGAUGGCGUCCUACCAAAACAAAACAUGUAUUAAUAAAACAAUGCUUGAGAAAGCACGUUUCUUCCUAUUUCCCACCCAACUAAAGGCACAGAUGAGACCAUCUGCAAGACAAAAGGGCCUUCUCCCCAUGCUCUGAUCACAGUGCAGGACUGCCAGUAGUAACAGCUCUUCACCCUACAAAACGCAAGAAACCUCGAUCCUGUGCUGUGUGUCCUUUACGGUCCGGAUCUGGGUCUGGGUCCCUUUCUGUUUUGAGGCUAUUUGCUCAUGCUAGUGAAACCUUGUACUCUGUUGCGCCGCCAUUAAAAGCAGCCUUAGUCAUUGCCAUA